AGUGAGAACCUAAAGAAAGAGAGGGAUUCCUCUUUCGCCUGGCAUAAUUGGCUUCCGUUACUUCUCGCUGUGCGCCACAGAGAAGGGUCGCAUGACGGCGUCCGCGCGCAGGCUGCUGGGCGCGUUCUCCGAUACGCACGCGGCGGCCAACGGGACCAGGCCGCACACGGGCAGCGGCAAUGCGGAUUUCGACACCAACAUGGUCAUCAUCCUGGCGGCGCUGCUCUGCGCCCUCAUCUUCGCGCUGGGGCUGAACUCCAUCGUGCGGUGCGCGCUGCGGUGCGGGCGGCGUCUGGCGUUCGAGACCCCCGAGGAGGCGGCCACCAGGCUGGCGGCGACGGGGCUCGAGAAGCGGGCGCUCCGCCGCAUCCCCGUGGCGGUGUACGGCUCCGGGGCCGACAUCCCCGCCACCGACUGCCCCAUCUGCCUCACCGAGUUCGCCGACGGCGAGAAGGUCCGGGUGCUCCCGCGGUGCCACCACGGGUUCCACGUCAGGUGCAUCGACAAGUGGCUGGCUUCCCACUCCUCCUGCCCGACCUGCCGGCAGUCGCUGCUCGACCAUGGCACGGGGGACGGCGCAUGCCGCAGCAACGGCGGCGGACAUGGCGAGCUCACACUGGCCUAGCCAGUCGAGGUCCUCAGCUCUGGGUUCUUCUCGGCAAUCAAAUUGUUUAGGCAUGUAAAUUUGUAGGCUUGGCAUGGAAACAGAGGAAGAAGAUUGUGUCAAAAACAACUCUUCUUUUUCUUGAUUUCUUUAUGACUUUUUUUUCUAUUUUAUUUUUAGAGACAAAAUGAUUUCUGUUCUCCUAUUUAAAAUUCUAGCUUUAGAGUCUAUUUAUGAACACAGACUAAGAAAUCAACAGUUGGCUCUCAUUA